GAGAGAGCGGCAUGCCUGCAAUUGGUUGCGCUGAUGACUCAGUAGACGUGGCCAGCCAGCGAAGCGGUCCACGCACUGCUGCGAAAUCGAAAGCAGGUCCAAGCCAGAGAGUAGAAGACAGUGCCAUGAGAAUUGUCAAGGAAGAGGACAAAGAAGCUGACGACAUUCCUCUAGAAGAUGCUACUUUUGAGAGGCUGAAGCAAAGACGUCACAUGAGGGGAGCCAACACGUCAGAUGUAGAUUUCGCGCACCUGUUCAACUCCUUGGCAAAAAUGAACGACUGCUUCCAGCAAGAACCUGCAGAGGAGAUCGAUACGUCAGACACCAUCUUGCACAAGGAGAAUCAAUUCUUGGCUGCGUGCGUGAAUGCUUGCUUAACUUUUGAAGGGCAGCAGCGCAAAGAAAAGAAUAGAGAAGAACAUGCAGAUGAAGAGCAAGAGGGUCCGGGGCAACAAGGUCCACAAGGACCAUGGAAUGCAGCCACUGCGAAAACCAUCAUGGCAGUGAAAAAGCAGUUGUCAUAUGAGCUGUGCCAAGAUAAGCUCCUACAUUUUAUGUCGGAAUGGUGUGACACACCCAAGGAAGUGGAAGCUUCGUGUUGCUACGAAGACUGCGCGGUGAAAUACGAUGAUGAGCUCCUACCUGCUCGACAAAUUCAGCGUGAGCAGCUUGUGAACUGCUAUUUGAGAAUCCCUCAUUCCAUCAAGCAAACAGUGCCUGCCGACAUUGUGGAAAGGUUCUCGCAGAAAAAGCCUGAAGUCAAGACAGAAAAUUCUGAAGAUCACAUUCUCAUCCGCAAGGUGAACUACCAAUACCCUGGCCCUUGCACUAUCCGAACUCGCAAACAAGUGGUAGGAAACUUCCUCUUACAUUCCGAAAAUGGUGGCAGCCCACAUUGCGUUGCUGUGAAGCAGGACGAGGAAGACAAGCUGAUUGUUUUUGACACAGAUGGUGUCUUCCACUUAGCAGUAGCUGACUUCGAGACAGCGUUGUUAGGUGGUGUGGAUGCUGCCACGUGUGUUAUUUUCAAACUUCAGGACGGCAAAAAGGAUACAGAUGUGGGUAUGUCCGAUUUUGAGAACCUCCUGGACUUAGCAGCAGGGAGUUCUGAAUCAAAUGAAGAAUGCACUACAGACGAUGCUCAGGACACAGCAUUACUGCCAGAGGUGUCCGAAAAGAAGGGAAGCUUUGAUUGGCUAGAUGACACUGGACGUGUGAUCACCGACCAGGUGUUGUUGAGUGAUUUGCAAACGGAGGCGCAAAAGUUUAUGGAAGCUGCCAAGGCUGGACAAUUCCGAGCCGAACGCGGUGCUUUUCAAUGCCCUGCGUGCCCCUUCCGGAAGUUCGACCGCUGCAAGGUCGGUUUUCAGACCCAAGAGCCUUACGCGACCAGCAUCCUUUUCCGGCAAGUGACAGCUACACCCGUGUUCUCUCAGUGCGGGGAAGAAGCGGUGCAGUGCUUUGCCUGGAGCCAUCUUGUGGAGAAGGCGCAGACCACAUCAAAGCGUGUCUUCAAAAAAGCAUUUCAGCGCCUGGACUUUUGCAAGUGA